AUGCUUUGGGUAAUCGGCUGUCAGGCCACGAAUCUGAGUGCUUUAGAUGCGCUUUCGACGAACUGUGAAUUGCCGGAAUAUCUGACUGGGGUUGAGCAUACUGGAAAUAAGUGGGGCUAUUGCAUUUUGCCCGGGGCUAGUUCUUGGCUAAAUCCAGUUGUGCGCGCUCGCCUGCGAGUAAAUUUCGUCUUCACUUUGGCACACCGAACUGAGAGAAUUUACCAUCUACCUUCAUCGGUUGGUCUGGAAAUCGUGUGGAAUGCUCCAUUUACUCCUUCAUUCAGGAGAUCAGGCGUCCAGACUUCCUUUCAAAGGUGUCUUCAACGGACGACAACGGGAAUCAGCCGUCGUCUUCUGGUGAGAUCAACCAACAAAACUCUUCAUCAUGCGCUUUCAUACGAAAUCACAGUCUCUUCAACAAUGUUAUCUCUGAAAAUGCCUUGA